AUAUACUUGAAUCAAAGAAUAAAGAAAAUAAUAGUUUAAAUAAUAGUUUUUAUAAUAGUCUUGAUGAUAAUUUUGAUAAUGAAUGUUCUGAUGAUGAAUCAAACAAUGAAUUAGAUAAUGAGUUAAAUAAUAAAAUAAAUAUUGAAUUGGAUGAGUCAGACAAUAAAUCAAAUGAUGAAUUAAAUAAUAAAUUAGAAGAUAAAUUAAAUAAAGAACUAGAUAGUGAUGAGUUAGAUAAUAAAUUGCAACUUGUAAUUAUUUAG